GGAAGAAUGGGGUUUCCCCUACUUGUAAUAGUCACAACUUGUUGUUUGUUGAGCUGCUGCAACUACUCAGUCACUGGAACAACACACCACACACAACAUUGUCAGGAAGGAGGAGAGUGUGAAGCAAACCUGCACAUCUACAGAAUGGAUAGCGACAAUGAUGCCGAAAGUGCAAUGGAGGUUGAUCAAACAGUUACUGAACAAGAAGACCAAGAAGACCAAGAGAUGAUGAGUCAGGGUGAAGACAAUAACGGUCAGGCCUUUUGUUCCAUCUCCAUUCCAGAAUCGGAACCAGAGAUCAACCCACAAAAUGUUGACAUGACUGACACUACAAAAAAUGCGGGCACAUUUGACACUACAGAGCUAGAGAAUGUGGACUCCUCUAAAGAGACUGCAGAGAAUGUAGACAUAUCCAAAGAGACUACUAGUCCCCCAGAAUCCAGUGCUGAUAAGGAGUCCUCCAACACUACAGCGGAUGUGGACACCUCCAAAAAGACUACUAGUCCCCCAGAAUCCAGUGCUGAUAAGGAGUCCUCCGACACUACAGAGAUUGUGGACACCUCCAAAAAGACUACUAGUCCCCCAGAGGAGUCCAGUGUUGAUAAGGAGUCCUCCGAGCCCCCAGCUGCAGCUGUUAGUGAGGGUCAAAAAGAGGACACUGCUGAAGAGGAGGUUAAGAGUAAAGUGGCGGAAGAAGGCAAUAAAGAGGAAGAAGAAGAAGAAGAAGAUGAGGUCGCUUCGUUCCCCAAUACAUUAAAAGAAUUCGGAUAUCAUUUUGAGGACGGCAGAUUGAGAAAUACUGAGACAGGUGAGGGGUUUGUGUAUGAAGUAAAGAAGGGAAAGAAGAAAUAUAAUCAGCGUCACUACACCGAAUUAGGAGAGGUGAUCACAGGAGAAGUGUAUGAGAUGCUAGAGAAUGAAGCUGGUCUGAAGAGAGUCAAUAUUCCACAAACGGCAAAGAAAGACUGUUCGUUCUUUUUCAUGAGUGAGGACGCCUUGAGAGCAGACAAACUGAUGAUCUUGAUACACGGCAGUGGAGUGGUGAGAGCUGGACAGUGGGCUAGGAGCCUGAUCAUCAACGAUUGCCUCGACAGUGGUACACAACUACCGUACAUCGCAAGAGCCAAGAAAGAGGGUUAUGGAAUUGUCGUGACCAACACAAACGAGAAUACAAGAAUAGUCAAAGGCAAAGCAAAACAACUCAAGGAGAGUGGAACUCCAGAAGAGCAUGCUUAUUAUGUGUGGCAGAAUUUUGUCAAGAAGUCCAAAGCUCAGCACAUUGACAUUGUAGCUCACAGCUAUGGUGGAGUAGUUACAGUCAACUUGAUGAAUCAAUUUUUCACUGACUUCAAGAAAAGGGUGAAAAACAUAGCAUUCACUGACUCAGUUCAUGCAUUCAAUCCUGCCAAAGUACCUCCUGUGAAAUGGGCAUGGCUUGCCGAGAAAGCUGUCAACUGGGUAAUGAGCGACGACGCUCUAGACACUGUUCUCCAUCCCUGGGAGGAUAAUGUACGGAGGCUGUCUGCAGGAACUCCUAAACACGUUGAGACUUCAUGGAAGGCGUUUGAGUCUGUGUUUACACUCUUCGACAAGAAGGAUGAUGACCUCGAGGACACAGAACAGAAAUGAAUAUUAAUUAUUUAAGGGUUUCGUAUAAUUAUACACAACAAUUGCACUUUGUAGCAUAAUGGUCACGCCAAUCACUGUUAUCACAAUAGAUAAUAAUAAUUAUGCUAAUAAUUAUAGGCGUGUACUUAAUAAUCUCAGCAAAUUAAUUACAAUUUAUGGAUUGUCUACAAAAAGUUCAUUCAUGA